AUGGAACAUCGACCUGCACUCGUCGGCUUCAUUUGUCUUCUCGUCAUUGGACUUUCUUCGGCUCACAUCCUACCUUCAAACCAUGCCGAUGGGACACCCGACUUGAAGUAUUCGGCAGUCAAGAAUUCGACCUUGAACGAGAAAUUGAACAACGACGAAUACCAGACUCCGAUCGAAUCGCCCGAAAGCGUCGAUGUUAAACUUGCGGUGCCCCACAAACAGGAGAUCAACCGACCGGAUAUUCGACUACUUGCAAGACUUGCCGUUGCCAUGGUUCAGGAACAACUCUAUCAAGGCACGCCUUACGAGAAAGAAGGAAUUUUCCAGAAUCGCAAUCCAAAUCACGUCGAUAUGCCAUUUCCGAAAAUGAAGGAAUUGAAUGAAGUGAUCAAACAGCGUAAACAAGCUGUCGACCACCAAAACAAAAACGUCGGAAAGCUGAAGCCAGAACAGGAAGGACCACCUCAAGUACCAUCUGGAGUACUCAGCCCCGACGCCUUCUUC